CAGAGCGACUAGUCGACAAGCACUGAUUGGACAAUUUCUUUGCCAAAGCAAACUGCAAAGGGUUUUCUGCGCUCAAAAGACCAUUUACGCAUCUUUUUCCUGGAGUUUUCGCCAUCCACGGAGUGCCCAGUAUCGGUCCCCAUGUGAAAGAGUCCAGUGGACUAGAGAACGGCCAAGAAAAAAGGCGAAAAGCGAGGUGAAAGCAGGCGGUUCUGUCAUCGAAAAGGGGGAGGAGGUGGCUCCUCUGAAGAAAUCGAAUCCAAUCGAGAGCCUAACCACUUGACAGCGACAUGGAACGGCUGUGAAGGACUUGGCAGAUGCAAAGGAAACUGGCACUCGCAUCCUCCGGACUGGGACAGGGAUUGGAUUUGAGAGCCGCGGCGCGGUGUAAAUGCGUGCUGCCGUUGGCCUGAUGCUGUCGCACGGUGCUGGUGGCAUGGAGCCAGCGAUGUCACGCCCGGACUACGAGCAGAGCGCCCUGCACCACAGCUGUCUGCUGGUGCUGCUCCGCGGCGUGGGUCCAUCGCGCGCCCGCAUCCUUCAGCGGGCGUUCGAGAAAGUGCGACGUGUCAAUCACAUCCGGGUCAAUGACUCCUCUGGCCAUCCUCGCUCCAUUUGGAUCCGCUUCGUUCACGAUCAUCCCGUGGAGCACAACGAUUGGGGCGACUUUCAGACCCAUCGCCGUCUGCUGGGACUUAUCACUAUUGGUAAAUUCGAUAGUCAAACCGAGCUCAAUGAGCUGUGCCGUCAGCACGAGUCCCUGAAAGUUCGCUACGGGUCUACACUGUACGAGUCCCGUGCCAUUUUCUUUGGACCCGAUGAGCCGCCUCUGGAAACCAUUGGGGAGGUGCUGGGACCCCCGACAUCUGGGGGACGACGCCUCCAAGACGAGUUCACAACGCCAUCGAACUUCAAGGCGCAGGCCUUCUUCUAUCGCGAACAGGAUUCGUGUGCCGAUCUCGAAGCUCGAAUUGGCGACUUUGCCAGUGCGCUGUUUUGGGUGCUAGAAUCACGACGGUUAGAGCGAUCUCGCGAGAAGGCGGACAAGGUGAGCCUGUUGCUGGCACCCUUUGAAAAGCGGGACUUUGUGGGCCUAGACAUGGAGUCGAGAAACAAUAGGAAAAGGUGCGUAGGUCGUGUGAUGAAGAACCUGGCAGAUCUUUCGCUGCAAGCCGGUCUGGUUGACGACGCUUUGAGUUUGUACCACAAUGCGAAUGAAACCUUGAGGUCGGUCGGUGAUUCCCUGUGGGUUGGGGCGACCGAGGAGGGUCUGUGUGCCGCUUCCGCAAUGCUCUUGUAUCCCCAAAUGCGAGAAACCGAGACUCUGCACAGAAACUCGUCGCUUCAGGAGGCGGGCACCUCUCCUUUAAAAAACACCCCUGAGAAGUGGCGUGCUAGCGACGCCACCAAAAAGAUUAGCGCCAGCGACGCCACCGCUAACAAUGUGGAUUCCUUCCAGCCACAGCAGCGCGUAACCUCGAACUCAUCUUCCUGCUCAUCCGUGUCUUCCCUGGUGACAACGGCGACCAAUUCCUCCGCCUCGGACACGCCAACAACAUCGUCUUCCUCCACUUCGACGAUAUCGGCAGCACCGAUACCAGGACAUCAAAGAAACGGCGAUCUACCGGGUAACAUCCUCAAGGCGGAGGAGAUCACCAACUACUAUCGGAAGGCCAUCAUCAACUACAGCAAGUAUAGACACGCAGCCACUAUAGAGACAGAGGCGGCCCUGAAGGCCUCGCGGAUUUGCAUCGAGCAGAAUCGUCCCCUGGAUGUGGCCAUGUUCUUGCAGAAUAUACUGUACAUAAACCUGAGCAUGAGCGAAGCCGAGCGAGUAAAGAGAUUUGAGGUUAUUACGGACCUGUACCAGCAGAUAGGAUACCAAAGGAAGGCGGCAUUUUUCCAAAGACUCGCUGCACUCAAGCACGUUCAGCAGGGCAGCCAAGCGCCGGACUGGAAUCAAAGUUACCGGCUCAUGUUAGGCAGCUUUACGGGGUACCGGCUUUGUCUCGACCCGUUGGAGGUGAUAGAAAAUGCAGCCGGCUGGCCGGCGUUGCAAAUCGAUCUGGUCCAGACCCUCAUAACGGCUGCCAGGCGUUUGGGACACUCUGCUUUGGCCACGCGGCACAUGACCUUUCUGCUGCAGACUCAGUGGGAUAACAUGUCGCCAACGGAGCAAAGCGAGAUGGCUGUGCAACUGCAGAAUUUAAGCGCUCAGUGCGAGGGCUCUCCUGUUCCCCUGGUGCUGGAAAAUGGCACUGUGAUACCACCCGCCAAUCUCACGGAUCUGCCCUACUGCCUCGAUCUUCAGGUUAAGGAUUUGCCCGCUCAUUUACGACCGCAAAGAAUAAAGGUGGCCAAAGCGGAUAGUGGACCUUUCUUAUUUACCCCCAUACACUUUAAUUCCGUGGACAGAAGGGACCAGAAAAAGGACAAAAAUAAAAUAGCCUUCCAGUGGGUGCAAAACGAUCUUAGUGAAGUGACGGUGCGCCUGCGGAAUCCCCUGCCCUUUGAGCUGGCCGUCACGGACAUGAGAUUGCUGACAAACGGCGUGGUGUUUGAGUCUUUGCCUCAGACUCUUGUCCUUCAGCCGCAUGUGCCCACGUAUGUGGCGCUACAUGGAACGCCAAUUGAGACCGGGCAACUGGAUCUGCAGGGCUACAGCACGCACACGCUCGGUGUGAAGUCAAACUGUCGCCUGAAGCACAUGCGUGGACGCAGCUUUCCGCCCAACUACGUGGUUGAUGUCAUACCCGCCCUUCCUAGAAUAUCUGUGAAAACUUCGCUACCACAGACAGCGACGUUUAGCAACAUGAACAGUGCGGAUAUCGUGGUGACCUCUGCCAGCUUGACGCUGUACAAUGGAGAAUCCUCCAGCUGCACGAUAACUAUUACUAAUGAGAGCGCCACGCUGCCACUGGAGCACCUAGAGUUUAGCAUCAACUCAAGUAUUGAGCCGGAGCUGCAGCAAAAAAUUUUCCAAAUAGAUGAGGAAGCCAUCAAGGCCAAGUUGCCAGUGCCUCCGCAGGGUACCAUCGAAAUUAUACUGGAUGUUUAUGCUGAAGCGGACUUCGUCUGUCCUCAACCACCGGCUUCAUUGCAUUCCGGCACUGCUCCUGGGGACUACGGUGCAGCGUCACUAUCGCACUACUCGAGCGUUUCCACCUCUGGGCAUGCCAGCUUACCCUCGAGAGUCGGUUCUCCACAUCAUCGUCGAAAUGAGCCACAGAAUUCCAGUUUCCGAUCGACCAUUUCAGGCGGUCCACCAUCGCUGGCUGCCCUAAGCCUGCAGCCUGGCGGCGGGGGAGGAGUAGGACCUUCCAGUCUUGGGUCACAAUAUAACCAGCACAUAGAGGCGCAAGUCAGAUUCAAGUACUCCGGCGGAGAGGCUUUGACGGCGGGCUACUGCCGCCAAUGUGCGGUGUCCUUUAAUCUAGAACUGUUGCCUAGCGCACAGAUUACAAGCUGGGAUGUGCUUCCCGCAGAGGUAGCCUCCCAAUUUUACCUGGUACUUGACAUCUCCAACCUAACCGCUCAAGAGAUGUCGCUCAACUAUACGGACACCAAGAAUAUACUCAUUGAGGCCAAAGAGAGCUGCCGGGUGCCCAUUCCCGUGGAUCGCUGCUCCCUGGAGAAAGUGGUGGCAGCUCGGGCAGCCGAGGCAGCUGAGAAUCUGGAAAGGGAACUCUGCUUUCGGACACAGUUGCUGUCGUUUAACGAUGCUUUGAGCAAGCUCUGCUCAAUUCACAUAGCCGAAAGGGUGAAAAUUAAUUGGCUGCUUACGGGGACGGAUAUCCAGGGAAUCGCCUCACUGCGAGGUAUAGUUCUCUCCCAGUCUAUGGUGGAUUUGACAGCUGUGUCGCCUUUGGAGUGGGCUAUCAGCUUUCAAGACACGCUCGUGCAGCCGCACAAUGAGAUUGUGUGUACGGUGGGCCAGCGGUCGCUGCUGAGCAUCCAGCUGGCCAAUCAAUCCCUGCAACCUCUUAGAAAUUUGGUGCUGAGCAUAAAGUUCUAUCAGGAUUACCUGAACGGAAUGGAAAAUUACAAUUUAGAGACACGCGUGGCCAUUUCAGGACCAAAUAGAAUUGCAAUACCACUACUGGAGAAGAACGAGAAGAAACAGCACACUUGCUCUGUGAUAUUCUUUACCCCCGGACGUUUCAAAGCCAGCAUCGAGUGUACCAGCAAUCCGCAGAAGUUGGAGCAGCCGGCGUCACUGCUAACCCGCUCCUGUCCGGCAGAAGCGGAGACUGCCGGCCAAUCGGUCAUGUUCUCCUCCAGCUAUGAUGAGCAGCAGCCGCAUGUGUGGAAACUAAUUCCGCCUAUCGAGGUGACCGUCGUGGAGCAGUGAAAUGUUACCUGUUGCUAGUUUAAUUUCGUUAUAAUGUUUGUGUAUGUAUUGUGUAUACACCCCUACUAAUCCCCUACUCUCGUUGAAAUAUUUGAUUCCCACGCC